AUGAAUUCUGGGGCCCACAAAGCUGGUGCAAGCAGCAAGAGUUCACAAGUUGACCUGGAGGCUUCUAAGCCAGGGGGCUUCACACCUUCCCUAGGAGACCCUCAGUGGGCGGGGCUAUAUCCUAUAAAAGCAGUGCCUUCAGUGGCACUGAAAUCUCUUCUUCGUGGUUGCUACAGAAAAGAAGCAGUUGGAGAGAGAAGAAUGGCUUCUGCUAUGGAAGUGCUGCAGAAACUGCAGAAGGAAAUCACCUGUGGCAUCUGUAGGAGGUACUUCUCUGAGCCAGUCACCAUUGAGUGUGGGCACAGCUUUUGCCAAGCAUGUCUCUCCUUAAGCUGGAGAGUUGAUGAUACCAUCUUCUGUUGUCCUGAAUGCAGGCAAGUGCCCCAGGUCAGGGAAUUACCAGCAGUCAAUGGGUGCCUAUCACAGCUGACUGAAGUUGGAAAAGCGCUCAACUGCCAGUUUUUGCAGAGUGCUGAAGGACAGCACCAGUGUGCCGUUCACAAGAAAGUCCUCAAACUCUUUUGUGAAGAUGACCAAACAGCAGUCUGCGUGAGAUGUUCCCAAAGUCCAGAGCAUGAAACUCAUGUGCUCUCUCCUAUAGAAGAGACUGCUCAUAGAUUCAGGGAGAAGCUCGAGCACAUACUGACUCAGAUGGAGAAGCAUGUGGAGGAAGCUGAGACACUUUUUGAUCAGGAGGAAGGAUCUGCUGUGGACUGGCAUUGGAUGAUCUCGGGAGAAUACUACAGACUGCAUGAAUUCCUGAAGGAUGAAGAAUUUCAAUAUCUUGAAAAGAUGAGGCAAGAGAAAAAGAAAAACCAGGACAGAAUAUCCCAGCAUAUGCAUACCCUUCAGGGUCUCAUACAAGAUCUGCAGGAAGCUGGCCACCAACCCAAUGUGGACCUGCUACAGGAUGUCAAGCAGCUGCACGAAAGGAGUGAGUCACUGUUAUCCCAAAGGGCCAAGGCUAUCACCCCAGAACUGACAGAAUGCCCAAUCUCUGGAAUGAUAGAGAUGAUGAGACAAUUCAGAGUGGACAUAACAUUGGAUCCCUUAUCAGCCAGUCCCCGUGUGACCCUGUCUGAGGAUCAGAAGAGUGUGAAGGCUGGAGAAGGCUGGCAGGUGGAGACAGAGGAUACUGUUGACUCUCCUUGCCAUUAUGUCUUUGCUGAGCAGGCCUUUAGCUCAGGCAGACAGUACUGGGAGGUAGAUAUAAGUCAACUACCUCAGUGGAUACUGGGGAUCCAGGCACCAUACUCAAGGGGAAGGAGGGGCAGGAAUGUGAACUGUUGUGCCUCUGUGUUCCUGCUUCGAUGUGUCAAGAAAGAAGAUGAUUACUAUUUGCGAACCUAUCCAGGAUCAUUGAACCAUCGGGUGAAAAGUCCUGUGCCCAGGGUCGGGGUCUACCUGGAAUAUACUCCUGGCACUCUUGUCUUUUAUAACAUUCUCCAGCGCUGCCCCAUCUAUAGCUUCUCCCCUAUUCGCUUCAUAGAGCCUGUCACACCCUUCUUUUCUCCUGGCCCCCCACUUAGAGGAACAAAGGCUGGUCCUUUAACUCUCUGUCCAGUUGACUAG